AGGAAACGGAAGACACACACAGUCACUAACUGCACACACUGUGCUCGACAAUAGAGACAAGACCACAAGAUAUGGCCAGAAAUACAUGAGUAUGGGAGAACAUCUAGUGCCUGUGUUGUUUAUAACAGCAAAUGUGGGUUCAGUGUUCGAAAAUGUGAGUUAUAUUCCAGACAUUAAUGAUGUUAUUUGUUGUUCUUUAAUACCGUUGAUGUUGUCAAUGUCCUGCUUGCCUUUAGAUUUGAUGCACGAAGAUUCACCUCGCCAUUUACCUUACUAAUGCUCCAAAAUUUUAAAUAAACUUCUUUUUUAAUUGCGAAUUCAUAAUUAAAUAUAAAAUGUUCUUUAUUGCGUUGGUGUCCAACUUGUUUACAAAAGGAGGCUCUCAACUUUAUUCCCAUGUUGGUAAUUAUCAACAACUUAUACCUGAUAAUUUUGUUGUUUUCAUUGUAGCGAGAUGGUUUGGAGGAGCGCUGGAUUCGAGAAACAGUGACUGUAAGUAGGCUAUUAGGGGUCUCUGAACAAAAGUGAAAGUCGAGUUAACUUUUUGUUCUUUUACAUGCAUGAAAUUUGUAAAAUCCACUUUGCGAAAUUCUUGUGGUAUUAUACUGUUGAUCGAUCUGUGCAAUCUUUUUGGGAUUCUCAUUGGUAGACUGUAACAAGAUUCAAGCCAAAGUUCGUAGCACUUCAUUUUCAAGAAAGUGGAGGGAAAGAUUCUGGCGAAGAAUCCUUAGAAAAAGUUAAAGAAUUUGUCCGGUGAGAAUUAAUCAGAAGAUGUAUGCCCUCAAUUUCUGUUUAAUGUGAAAAUUUGUUGUGGAUAUAUUAGCAGGACUUUGAAAGCGAAUUGUAAUCGAAUCAUUUUUGUUAUGUGAUUUAGGAUCUUCAUCGAUCAAUCACUGCUGAAAGAAAAAUUCGACAAAGUGCGAGCAUGGUUCGAUCAAGAUUAUCGUACAAAAGAACAAUAUACGGUGAGCACUAUUCAAGGUCCAAAGAAAUAAUUUUUACUGUUCUGUUUGUCUCGUUUAAUAAACCCUAAUUACCAGGAUGAAAUUUUAUUCAAUUUCUAUUAUUAUGAAAACAGAUUGUACUGUCGCGAGUUGGGAAUUUUGUGGCAUUUAACUUAAACGAAAAUCAGCGUAGUGCUACAGGCAUGUUGGCUCUUUGUCAGUUUUUUGUUUUGGUUUCUUCACUUGUAGAAUAAUUGAUGUUUAAAGUAAUUGAUUAGACACCACAAUUUAUCGUGUUUUUUUUUCACGAAUAAGUUGACGGUUUAUUAGUACGGGGGCAUCAAUGACUGCUCCUAUAUUGGAAAAAAAGAAAACAUUUAAAAAUUAACAAGCUUGUAAAUCCAAUUCCAUCAUCCUUUGGAGCUGCUCAUGGGUUUGUGUACAUAGAGCAUAAGCCUUUAUUAUUUUGAAUUAAAUUGUGUUUGGAUAGCCCACCUUUAAACCAUGAGAACUGUAGCAGCAUUUUGUACCUUUUGCAUGGAAAAUGUUUCAUUUUAAACAUUAUUAACUUCAGUUAGAAAAAAAAAAAAGGAGAGAGAGAGAGAAAUUAUUGCACAUUUUCUUUAAUUUAUGACUGUUUGGAGUAGUUCCUGGCACAGUCUCAAGCAUAUCAAGGAAAUGCACUGUGUUAAAGACUUUGCUUUGACAAGGAUUUAAAGGGAUUUAAGGGAUAGAGAUGUACUACUAGCUCAUUGCAUUACUUCAAAUCAACCAUCUUGGUUUAAGUCAGAGAAUAAUACUUUCUCCUAACCCUCGACACUUAAAAAAAAUUAUGUUUGAAGCUGAAAAUAGUUGUAACCAAGGCAUGACAUCUAUUGUGUUGGUGGAAGAAAUCUAUGCUUAUUCUAAUGGAAAGCCAAAGAUUAUUACAGAAUUUUUAGAUGAAUUGCAGACAUAUACAAUCAUGCAGAUGAUUUAAGAUAUCCCAAAUCAAUACCAUCUUACAAGCUAAAAAAAAUGCUUAUCCAUAGUUAUGAGUUUUUCAAUCAUAUUUAAUUAUAUUUAUUUGAAAUUGUUUUAAAAUACCCCACAGAUCAAAGACAUGUCACAUUGUCUAUGCUUUUUGGUUUUGCAUACCCUGUAGUGAAAGAUUACCUUAGAAGGGUUUGUUAUUGUGAUAUUUGUUGAACAGUUUUAUUUUGUAAACAGGCUCUUGGCUGUAUAUAUCUGGUAAGCAAGUCUUUAGAGGAUGUGUUUCUCUGGAAUUUCAAAGGUAAAUCCUCUCUUUGAUGGCAAUGUGAUCCAUUUGGUGUGAAAUAAUAACUCACCUCAUAAGAAAACUGUGAGUUUAAGAGAGUUGAACAAAAACUUCUAAAAGAAAGUAAUUUGAUCUUGCAGAGCUACUUAUGGUAAUUGCAACAGCACAUUUAACUAUUCAGGCAGUUAUGUAAAUUUUAUACCUGUAAACAAUUAUUUUGAUCUAGGAAACUCAGUGAGGUUGUUUUUAUUUCUUUUUUUCACACUUUUAAAACCUGAAGAAUCUACAUUCUCCAAGGUUGAGGGAGAAGAGGUGAGUUAACAUUUCUGCAUAGAGUUUAUUUACCAAAAGCUUAACUAGCAGUUGAAUCUGGAAUCUUUUUACCAUGUAAGUACUGGCUAAGCUACAGAAGCCAGUCUUCCAAAAACUUAUAAACUGAUAUAUUUUGAUGUACCAUACAUGUAUUUUGCUUGAAAUGCAUGUGUUGUUGCAUAAGAUAUCAAUAAAGGCACACUAUCAGUAUUGAUAAUUAUAUUGCUUACAGGUGUAUAAUGAUAAAGAUGUAAUUCUAUUUGCAUAAUUGUAGACAGAGUUAACUUAAAUUUCAUGAGAAAUUGUAAACAGAGAUUGUGUCAUGCAGAACAGGAACACAUGUUACCUUAGUAAAGUGUCAACAAGCUCUAUUAUAUUCUUGGCUCCUUUGGCAUACUAUAUACUGAAUAAACUGUAAUUUAAAAAUUUUUAUUAUUAGUCACCUGGUAAGAGUAUUUUUGAUCAACUAAUCCUUGCUGGUUUUAGAUACAAGUGGGAAAUCUGACUGAUGUCCCUAUCCUGGAGAAAGAAAAAUUUCCACUGGAUUUUUUCCCCCAGGUACACUUUCAAUAGUUCUUUAAUUAAAAGUCUGUACAAGACAUAAUUAUUUUGAAUUUAAUCACAAGGAAAGGGCUUAAACAAACCAAUCAGGUCAUAGAUACAACAAAGGCAUCACUGUUUACAUGCUGCAUUGUUACUCUAUUUCACUCCAUGGAAAGUGAAAUGAGUUGUUAAAGUGAUUCCUCACAAAAAAAAAGUUAUUCAACAAUUUUUGUUUAAACUUUCCUCAAAUGUUCGCUACCAUUAUCUGUUUUGAAAAAUACAAUAAAAAAGAUGUGUCACCAUGCUUGUUUAGGAGUUAUAAUGGGUCAAACUUACCCCAUUUAUGCCUGUACUGGCACUUAUCACUCAUGUCAUUUUAUCAGUUCACUAUAUAUUUUGCUGCAGCUGGAAGCAAGGGUUUUUAAAGUAAUACUUAAAAAAAAACUUAUAAGGUUGAAUAUCUGGAGUGUAUGGAACAAAUUGAAAUAUAAUUUGUGGGAAAGUUACACAAAUUUAAAUGACAUUGACUCAAAAUUUUCCUUGAGUCAUUCCUGUCCAGGUCAUAAUUUGUAUCAUUGAAUUAAGGGUUUUGCGCACACUUUUAGCUUUAUCUUUUUCCAUUUGAAUAAUCUUUUUUUUAUUUCCCCCAUUUAAGGGGGAUAAUUUGUACACCAAUUUGUAAGGUGUGCUUGUUGGGCCCUUUUGGCUAUCUAUCAUGUCAUAUCCCAGGGGCACUUGUGGAAUAAUUGUUAAGUUUCACACUUAAACAUUUUUUUUUUAUUGUUUCUGCAGUUCAAAUGGUCACGGAAGGGCUUCAUGAGAACAAGGUGGAAGAUCAACAAGUGGUAAGAUCAUCAGUUUAUUUGCACAUGAAAGUUAUUUUGGCUAAAUCCUCUGAGAAAUUCAAAACCCCAGUUAAAGAAUUGUAACUUAUUGUUAAACAAGGUGUUUCAGCUAAAUACAGCCCUGUACUGUAUGGCUUGCCACCAUCAUCAAAUGCAAAUAAUAUAUAGAUUUAGCCAAGCCUAAAAGCGGAGCUUGCAUUUUUUUUCCCCGCAUGUCUCAAGGGCACAAUGCCUUGCCCCGGCCAGGACUGGAACCCAGUUUGUCCAUCUCAGAGCCUAGUGCACUGACUGCUGGACUACUGAACAAAGCCGUGGUGUUGGUGUGCCCGCAGUACAGUUGACCACGCAUGUUAAAAGUAGCACUUUGUACGGUCGCACGGUCGUACAUCCAAAUUUUUUCAGCUUCAUGAGUUACUACUAUUUUGUAUAAUUAUGGGACUACGCUUUGUGAGCUCUGCUAUUAAAUAGUUAGCAGAGACUGAGAAGGCAAAACAGCGAUAUGGCUUAUAGCCCCUGGCUUUUAGAAGUUUUGGGUCAUUUAUAAAAAGUAUGGGCCAUUACAGUAAUAGGGUGGGCUAUAUCUUGUGUUCUGUGAGUGGAUUUUUUGAUAUGUCAUAUCUUUAUUUAUGUGCCAUAUAAGUAUGAUGCACAGCCUUCCCAAUCUCUGAGUUAGUGAGAAUGUAUAUAGAAAUGAUACCAUUAUAUGACACUGGAAUAGUAACUUGAUGAGGAACUGCUGGAGAUGAGUAGACAUUUCUAACAGUUUCUAUGCAAGUCACUGUUAGAGUCAGAGAAAUUGUUCAUUUAGUUCUCUACAUUCCUUCCUUUUUCUUUACACUUUUGUCCAUAGUUACUACUGGGUAAUUCGUUUAUUUGCAUUUUUCAGUUUGAUGUAACUUAUCAUAACUAGGGCACCAAGUUUUACUAUUCUUAAAUGUUUGAAUGAAAUAUUCCAUGAUUUGCAAUUAUGUUCUAUGAUUUCUGGUUCAAUUUACAUGAAUAAAGUCAUGUUUGUCAUUCUGUACAGAAUCAUGUUUUUAUACAGUUUGCUCUGUACUUUAUUUGACAGUGUGUUUGAUUUACUCAAUAUUCACCUUUUUCAUGAUGCUUCAAACCUGGUAUCCAUUGAGGUGGUAAGUUAGGUUUCACUGAUCACUUUCAACUAUUAGUUUGUUGUAUUGAUGCUCAAAUUGAAUAAAAAUGAAAAUUUAGUUUGUCCUAAGAUUGAUGGUUAUUCUCUUUUUUAUUUUUGUAUUACAAUAAUUAUUAUUUUUUAAUUAUCAGACUCCAUCAGUGUACAGUAAAAAUCGCAUGAGAGCUCUUGAUCAUGUGUUGGACAGGUGAGCUGAUCAGUCAUUUUUUUGUGUACACUCUAAGCUAGAUUUCACUUGGUUUUGGCAUGAUAAGUAUUACUUUUUAUUCUGAUCUAUAGUUCCUAAGGAGUUACUUUGUGACUUUAAUAUCUGAGUUAAUUUGUACUGGAUGCACUGUUCAUCUCUUGGUUUUGGCAGAAUGAGUAUUACUUUUAUUCUAACCUAUAGUUCCUUAGGAGAUACUUUUUUUGCUUAAAUCUAAGAAUUGGAAACUUAAUAUCCACUGGCUGCCUUAUGGUUUCAGAUCGAGACCAGGUACCAAUACAUCUUUUUAUGACUGGGCUCUUUGUCCUGUUUUAAAUAAAAGCUAUCUCAUAAGAAGUGGAUUUGCCAAUUAAAAAUAAAAAACCCUCAUGGUGAACAAGGACAGUAAGAAAAUUUAUUGAAACAGAUAGCAUGAACAUAUAGCUGAAACAGGGCUAAGAUUUUUUUGUAAAAUGCAUUUUGUGGUUUUGACAGAAUGAGUAUUACUUUGAUUCUAACUGAUAGUUCCUUAGCAGAUACUUGGUGACUUUAAUAUCUAACUUAACUUGUACUGGAUGCACUGUUCAUCUCUUGGUUUUGGCAGAAUAAGUAUUACUUUUUAUUCUAACCUAUAGUUCCUCAGGAGAUACUUAGUGACUAACCCUAACUGUCAAUCCUAUUUAUCUCUUGGUUUUGGCAGAAUAACAAAGAGUUCAAUUCCUGUAGUUCCCCAUACAUUAUUUGGUGACUUCAACUUCAGACUUGACAACAAGAGAGUGGUGGAGGUACAGUAUAGAUGUUAUGAAAAAAAAUACAUAUAUACAAGCAGUUUAAGUGUGCACAAGAUACUCCAGCCUUUCAUUAAUGCACAAAUCAUAAUAUACUACCAUAUGACUGCACACAUAGAGUCCUGUAACUAACCAUGAUUGGCUAUAUGUGGUGAUGCAAUUGGCUUAACCAUCAUUAAUUUUUUUGGAUUUUACAGGCUCUCUGUGCUGGUCUUCCACAGCAACAUAUCAGGAAGGAAGGUGAGAGUACUCCUUCAAAGAUCAUCUACAGGGACAGAAAGAAGGCUGAUAAGGUAAAUACAUGUAGAUUGUGAAUAUUGAGCUGACACAAGGUAGUUUCCCUUUCACAUGGCUCACAUUUAGCAAAAAGGACAGAAUACUUUCAUUGAUGCUCUGUAGGAGGCUGAGAUUUUAUUGCUGACAGAAUACAGGUACACUAGAUCUGGACACUUUCAGAUUAUUAUGAUUGUACCUCUGUUGUUUUUAAGUUUGUUUGUUAUGACUGGCUCUUUUUAUUAUUACUAAUGGUAAAAAUUAUGUUUUCAUUAUCAAUUAAUGAAUGGCCUGAAUGAAUGAUGUACUUUGUUUUUUGAUUUUGUUUUUUUGUUUGACAGGUUUUCCUUACACUGGAACCUCGAAUUUUCAAGUUUCAUGACCAAAGUAUAUUUCGAUACCACAAUGGAAAGAAGUUUUCAAAGUACAACAGAGAAUUUGAUGUCUUCAAAGACAGACUGUUUGAGUUUGAUAUUUCAUUCUAUCCAAGGUAAAAGCUAUUACCAUUUAAUAGGUUGUAUAUUUAACCAGUGAAAUGUAUAAGGCAUUUUAUUAAGUUAGAGGUGAGUUGUGUGAAUCUUGCUGACUAACUAAUUAAAUCUGAAAUGUACAAUGUCCAACUUUAUGAUUUUUUCUUAAGUGUAGCAUUUUGUUAACAUACACUGCUCAUGUAUUACUGUUUUUUUUUGUCCCUUUGCCUCAGGGAAAAAUGUUUUUGUGACUAUAGUAUCAAAAGUCCCCCUUGUUUAAAAAAAAUAGGGUACAGUAGCAUCAACAUGAUGAAAUAUUUCUUGUCUCUUUUUUAAUAGCUAUCCUUUCAGUGAAAAUGUAAAGGAUACAACAGUAUAUAGUGAUUCAAGGUACAUAUUUUCAAAAUCUUUUAUGUAGUGUAAAAAAGAGUGUUUCCUAAAUCAGGUCAGAAGUGUUUCAUCUUCAUCCAUUGUGAUAAUUUCGCCUUUGAGUACUGGUGCUGUGCAAGUGUAUUUUUUUCCUUGUAAAACAUUUUAACAAGUCAGAAAGUAUCAAAUACACUGAUGAACCAAAUCAGUGUUAAGGAAACCAAGAUUUCUCCAUUAUUUUUGCAGAAAAAUGAGAUUGCUGUUCUUAUUAAUGUUACUUCCUUCUGUGAUAUCAAAUAUCUCAGGUGUCCAUCUUGGUGUGACAGAAUAUUCUUGAGUCACUCAAGCAGAGCCAUAAUUAACCAGGUCAGUUUUCAUAAUCUUUACUAAUUAAGUAAUAUCUAGGCUGUAUUUUCUAUGCUGGGAGAACACAAUAGUUUUUGUGUAUUCUCUCAAAACCAAUAGGAAGAGUGGUCUAUUGCCUUCAUAAAAUCUACUUAAAAUAAAACACAUUUUGUUUUGAUUUUCUAUGCAUUUACUAAUGCAAUAAAAAGCUUAAUGAUCAGCACAGGAGAACUUGUUCCAAUAGCAACAGGUGUGUUUUCAUAGUAUGUAGUAGGGUAGAUGUGUUACUGUACUCUACUUGAUGUUUAGACAGCAGUCUUUGGAUGACACAAAUAAUGGCCAAGAAAAUGGUUUAAUACAAAGUCAGAGUGUUAUUCAAUUCAGCUAAAUAUCAAUCAUAUCCAGCAUAUUGAUCACCAGAGCUGAACUGUUCAAAAACCAAUUCCACUAAAACCCUGGGCUAGCUGCCAUGGAAGUUAAAUGUUGAUUACUUGAGUGCUAACUGAGCUUCAAAGAACUCACCUUAGUAUUUGAAUGAAUGUUUUGUUGUGUUUGAUCAGAGCAAAGGUUCAUCAGUGGUGUAUGACAUGAUGGGUAAACAAGUCUGUAUGGGAGACCACAAGGUACAGUAUCUGUUUCAGCCUGAAUUAUUCUUUUUAGUGGCUUUGGCUUUUUAUCAAUUCUGUCAUUUCUUGUGAUCCUUCUACAGCCUGUAUUUCUAUAUUUUAAUUUGGAUUCUUCUCAAGACACCCUUUCCCAAGGUUGGUAAAUAUUUAACUUUUGCUUCAGUUUGAGUUUUUCCAGGGAGCUGUUGAUGUAAGUCAUUCAGUUUGAACAUAGCACUCCUAAUGUUUUACUGGUCUACAAUUCAACACUUGCGCACUUUUUAAAACCUCUUACAGGUGGACCUGGACUUGUCAGAAAUGGAGGACCUGUUGAAAUUGUAGAGUAUUUAACAAGUGUUUAAGGCUUCACAAUUUUCUGUCACAUAUGGAGUUUAAACCAUUCAUAAUUAUGCUCUCCAUGUGCAGUAAUUCAGUGUUAAUUAAAGUCUAAAGCAUAUUUAGUGCUCUUUUAGCCAUUAACAGAACUGACUACAUUGAAGCAGAUGAGAUUUGACACCAAGAACAGUUUCUGUUCUCAAAAUCAAUAAAUUUUCUUGCACAAAGGUGAUGUGAAGAAAGAAACUUAACAAUUAGGGAUCUUAUUUGAUCUGAUGCUUAAUAUCAGAGCUAAAAUUAUAAGAAAUUUAUGGCCAAAAGUUUAGAAAAUUUUUAUUCAGAUUUUAGGAGUAAAUCGGUUUGUGAGUGGAUUUUAAACAGUUUUUCUUUGCAUGGGAAGAUUACCUGAGGGCUCUGAAGUUCAAACAUAGAACAAACCGUAGAUGGGAAGACAGCAUAACCAAAAAAAAAUGAAGAAAUAAAUCUAACAAUGCCUUAGAUUAUUAAUGUUUAAAUGAUAUGAAGAAUCAUAUAGUUAUGAAGAGGAACAAGAUUGUGCCUGAAGAGGUGUAGAAGUGUACUCACGGCCAAUGCUAGUGUGGAAGGCAUUAAACAGGCUGGGGUUGGGUUAUUUAGGAUAUAGGUGCAUUCUCUUUGGUUUCCCCCUUUUCUUUGUUUUGAUUAUUUUCACCCUGCCUAUUUUGUUUCUUUUCACACCUUUAGACAGACUAGUGAAAAGAUAUAAGUCUUAAAGGCAUUCAUACUUUGCAGAAUUUUUGUUUUGUUUUUGUUUUUUGGCUUCAAUCUAAGGAUUGGAAACUUAACAUCCUCUGGCUGCCUUAUGCCUACGUUGGUUUCAGAUCGAGACAGGGUACAAAUACAUCUUUUUGUGACUGGGCUCUUUGUCCUGUUUCAAAUAAAAGCAAUCUCAUAAGAAGAGGAUUUGCCAAUUAAAUGUGAAAACGUUUUGUUCUCCACUUUCUGCCUUCCUCUUAACCCUCAUGGUGAACAAGGAAAGUAAGAAAAUUUAUUGAAACAGAUAGCAUCAACAUAUAGCUGAAACAGGGCUGAGAUUUUUUUUGUAAAAUGCAUUUUGUUUUUGUCAAAUUUAAUUCAGAAAUAACUUCUUGUAUAUAAAGGCCAGUUUUCAUUCAGUUGCACAAACAUAUUUGAAAUCAUUGAUUAAGUCCGGUUAAUCGGACUCCAAAGAUAUGAAGCGAUUAAUUACCAUUUCUACCAUUCUAUUUAUGUAGAAAAUUCCAUAUACGUUUAAAAUUACUAAAAAUGGAUCUUUUUAUUGGUCAUUCUUGAAUCAUGCAGGUGCUUUUUCACUUAGUCAUUAGCAGAGGUGCAAAAUAUUCAAGAGCAUGAAGAUGUUGUGAUUCAGUAUUAUAAGACGUAAUCUUGGUAUAUCUUGUGUAUAUAGAACAAGUAUUCGGAAAAUAAUAAAAUCUUAACAUUGGGUAACAUUGCUCCCGUUUAUGACUACAUUCAACCCAUGAAAUAUACCCGUUAGUCCAAGGCUCCACCCAACUAUUCGAAAAACCUUCUAAACGGCCAGGGGAAAAGGGUUUAUUUAUUUCAAAAUGGCGGUGGUGGCUGCACAAACCCAAGUCCACGUUAGGUGCGUGUUUUUCCUCAGAGGAAAGAAGGUUCAGAGGUGAUUAUUCAUUGGAAAAGUUUGGCAGUUAAAUGUAUCUAAAACCAAGACCGUAAUGAAGUUAACUCGGAAGUUUUAGACGUAGUCCCUCUUUUCCAUAUUGUUAUGAAACUUUCCAGGCUUGAACGAGAAGUAGAGAGCCAAAGGAAAGAUGGUUUGCUUCCUUUGCAAAUUAAGUUAAGUAUGGCACAUCACCCAAACAUUCGGUAAAUUUGAUGCUAGGGUAAGCACUGGGCUUAUAUCCAGGAUCGAUGAUUGCAUUCAGAGGUGGGGCGGGGUCGUGUAACCAAGAAAGAGGAUGGAUUGAAAACUGUCGAAAUAAG